ACACACUUGGGGGUCCCAGGGGCCACCCUCAGAUCCUCGGUCCCUCUCUUGGGGUCCCUGGUUGCUCCUGGAGCCCACUCUGGGUCCCCCAUCCUCACUCCCCACCCCCUGGCAGGACGCGGAGGUGGUGCGCACCCGGGACCCCCAGCGCCUGGCCCAGUGCGACGUGGUGGUGGACGUAGGGGGGGAGUACGACCCCAGGCGACACCGCUACGACCAUCACCAGAGGUCGUUCGCGGAGUCCAUGCGGAGCCUCCGGCCUGACAAGCCCUGGACCACGAAGCUGAGCAGUGCGGGGUUGGUUUAUUGCCACUUCGGCUCCCAGAUCCUCGCGGGGCUCCUGGGGCAGCCGGAGGACGGCCCCGUUGUGACGGCGCUCUACGAUAAGCUCUACGAGAACUUCGUGGAGGAGAUCGACGCCAUCGACAAUGGCAUCGCGCAGGCCGAGGGGGAGCCCCGCUACGCCCUCACCACCACCCUCAGCGCCCGCGUGGGCCACCUCAACCCCCGCUGGAACGACCCCGACCAGGACACCCAGGCGGGCUUCGAGCGGGCGCUGGAGCUGGUGGGGGGCGAGUUCCUGGAGCGCCUCGAUUACUACCACCGUGCGUGGCUGCCGGCGCGGCCGCUGGUGGAGGAGGCCGUGAGGAGACGCUUCGAGGUAGCCAUGGGCCCUUGGGGGGAUCAGAAAGGUUUUUGGGCCCUGCACCCCUAUAAGCAGCCACCUAUCCCCUUCUGUGCCCCUACAUCCUUCCACAUGGCCCUGCACCCCUCCUGUAUCCCUGUACACCUGUGCAUGGUCGUGGAGCACCUCCUGUACCCCUAUAUCCUUACAUACGGCCCUGCACCCCUCGUGUACCCCUGUGUGCAGCCACACACCCCUCCUGUGCUCCUGUAG